GAGGCCGGGAUGCGGCCGGGGAGGGAGUGGUGGGGACCGAGCCGACGGCGCCCUGCCCAGCGCCGCGGACCGCUCGCCAGGUCCCACGUCGAGGAGGGGGCACUUGAACGCGAGACGCCCCCAAAGACGAGUUAGUCCCUCGAGCGGGCCGUGUCGAGAGCGACCGAGUGAGCGACGUGAGAGCGGGCGAAAGACAACCGUCAUCACAAUCAGCAUCAUGGCCCCCAUGAAGAAGAGCGCCUCCGUGACGGAACAGGAGCGCCACCUGGAGAACGUCGCCACCCUGCUGUUCCACAAGGGGAAGCUGUUUAGCGGCGCCGACGACGGCAAGAUCAAGAUGUGGUCGCCAGACCUCAAGCUGGAGGCCGAGGUACAGGCGCACCCCGUUAACGUCUACUCGCUGGCGGCCGACGGCGACAUGCUCUACUCCAGCUCCAACGACGGCUCCAUCCGCUCCUGGAACAUCGCCGAAAACCUAGCCGCCGGGCCCGUAGUCAAGCCCGACUGCAACGUGGAGACCAUGAAGCUCAAGGUGGCCAACGACAAGCUGUACGGCGGCGACGUCGACGGCAUGGUGGGUUUGAUUAGAUUAGAGUGCACGGCGAGGUUAUUAGCAGAUGAUACCUUAAAUAGCUUUAGACUAAACAUAAAACAUUUAUAUAUAAAACUUUAAGGUGUCAGCAGCUUGUACUCUCGA